AUGGGAAAUUUAUCAAAAUUGGCAUAUUCUUUGGGUCAACCAGUUUUGACAACAAAUUGUUAUGAAACUAUACACACAUGGAAUCCUGAUUGUAAUAUGGCGAUUAUGGUGAGUUUUGUUGGGAGGGAUGAAAUUUGAAACAAUUUUUCAAAAAUCGAAAAUUCAAAAUCAAAUAUAUCGCUGACUUUGUCUGACUCAAAUGCGAUAAUUUUCACAAAAAAUUAUCGUGAGUUGAGUUAUGAUAACUUUCAUAAGCCAAUUUUGGAAUUUUGAGAGCUCAGAGCUUGGCCUAUAUAUCUUUUGGGAGCUCACAAAUUUCAGAUUUUUUGAACCCAAAAGCUAAAUGCUAUUAAAGUUCUGAAUGAAAAUAUGUUUUUCUUUUCAGGGAAUUUUUGUGUUGAGAUUUUAUAAAAGUAUUUUAGUUGAAAAAUAGUUUAUUAUCAAUAUUUUAAAAUUAAAAAAUUGUACACAAGAUUAUAUCACAAAUCACAAAAUUUUCAAAUAUUUUUUUCAAAAAAAAAACAUUUUUUUUCCAGGAUGCAAUUCCCGGUGCAUUACGUUUCGCGCUCAAAACAUAUGCCAGUUUCUACCUCCUCACAAAUCUAGUCUCAAAACGUGGCCGAGUUGACAAAAUCAACUGGAAAAAAUUCACAUUGGACGUGGUUCAAUCAACAGUAUUCCUAGUCACAAACAUGUCACUUUAUCUAUUUUUCCUUUGUCGAUUUCGACACUGGCUUGGAUUUUUCUCACCGUAUUCAAUGGGUUUGAUUUCUUCAAUUGUUGCUUCUGGUCUUUCGGUUUUUCUUGAGAAGAAAACGCGCAGACCUGCUUUGGCACUUUAUUUGACAAAUUUGGCAUCCGAGACUUUUUAUCGUCAUUUGGCGAAUCAUGGUGUGACGAAAAUGUAUUAUGGUGGAGAAUGUGUGCCGUUUGCGAUGGGAUUGAUGAUUUUUUCGUAUUUGAAUUGUGUUGGAAGAUUGCCAAAGUCACUUAAUGGAUUUAUGAAGUUAGGAGAAAUCUAGGAAUUUUUGAAAAUUUGAAUCCAAUUUAUUUCCAGCUUUGCACUCAAAGCCAAUGUCACUGAAAACGUUAUCGACAUCAAAAAAGUGCCAACAGAUUUCAAAAGUUUUCUAGAAAACUUACGCAAAAAAUAUGAGAAGACUGAACUCUGCCAACACGCCGAUUCAUGUGUCAGUCAUUCUGUAGAGGUACAAAACUCCUGAAAGUUUUUUUUCUCAAAAAAAAAACAAUUUUCAGAGCUUCACCAAAAAUUUUGGCAUCGGUUUGGUGGCCAGUUCCGCGUUGACACUAUUGAAAAAUUAUCGAUUGAUUUUCUCGAACCCGCUGAAAUUGAUAGCUCUCCUAGGAUCUGUUCAAAAUAUGAAAAUACCAUUGUUCACUGGAAGUUUACCGUUGAUUUUCAAUGCUGUGAGAUGUUCAUUGAAUCGGGUGAAAAAUGUGAAUCCAGUUUUUUCGAAUAUUAUUGCUGCUGGACUUGCGGCAAGUUCAAUGUAUGUUUAUCCAACAGUCAGUAUUGCAAUGUAUUGUUUAUGGAAAGCUAUUGAGGUGGGGAUAAAGGGAGGGAUUUUUGAAUUUUUAAUAAAAAAAAAGAUCAAAUCUUUAGGGCUCUUCUGGAAUAUAAAAAUAUCCGAAGAUUUUUUUCGAGAAGAAAUGGUUGUUGAAAAAAUUUUCAUUUUUUUCUAGAAAAAAAUCAUGGAUUUUCUAGAGGUGCACUAAAACCCAAUAGCUUUUGGGACCCCAAGUUUUUCAAGAUGAAAAUAUGUGAGAAUGUGUAUUUUGAAAAAAAAUGUUUAUGAAAUGAUUUAUGAGUUUUGAAAAUGUUUCACUUUUGAGGGGCGAGCCGAAAAUAUGACUUUUGAUCUUUCAAACUUUGAGAGAAUCUUGUGAGAUUAAUCAAAGUUUGGUAUAAGUUUUGAAUUUCCAGAAAAACUACGGUAGUUUCAAUUAAAAUUGUCAAAUAAUUUCAGAAUUUCAGUCACGAUUUUCAAAUAAAAGUCUCCUUCUAGUCUAAAAUAUGUUUUGCAAGUUCUCAAAUAUUCUCACAAUUAAAAAUUAUCUAAAAAAAAUUGCAAUUCCAUAAUUAUUCUUGAUAUUUUGAAAGCUUGUAUUUCCGGAAACUUUUUUUUCCCUGAAAUUUUCCAAUUCUAUCGGAAAUAAACUCUAUUACAAACUUUUCGAAAUGUCACUUCCUAGAUUUUGGUUGAUUUUUUGAAAGUGAUAUUUUUGAAAAUGCACCUGGAAACAAUUCGGAGAACUGCCAAAAGUGAUGAAUCCUUGAUGUCAGACAAGUUCAGAUUUUUUUUUCGAAUAAUUUUGAUCCCAUGAAUCCAAAACGAACACUACUAGAAUAUGCAUAAAAAAUCUGCAAUUCCAAAACAUUUUUUCUACAUGUGCGAUUUCGCUUGUCGCUAAGGAAUCUAGAAAAAAACACAUGAAUAUGCAAUAAAUAUUUGCCCUUUACAAUGAUUUUUGGAAUUUUCCCCAUCUCAUUGAAAGUUCAGAACACAAAUACUUUUCAGACACUAUAUUUCGAUUUGGUGGAUCGCGGAUAUCUUCCGAAAAUCAAACACGGUGAAUUGAUUUUGUACGCAAUAUCAACUGGUUAUGUUUUAUGGAAUAUUGUGAUUGAGCCAAGAGCUGUGAGAAAAGGAUAUGUUGGAUUUAUCAACUCGCUUGUUGGUGGAAGGUGUGUAGAGAUUCUAGAGAGACUAGAGGGGCUAGAGAGGCUAGAGAGGCUAGAGAGGCUAGAGAGGCUAGGGAGGUUAGAGAGGUUAGAGAGGCUAGAGAGGCUAGAGAGGCUAGAGAGCCUAGAGAGCCUAGAGAGUUUAGAGAGCCUAGAGAGCCUAGAGAGUUUAGAGAGCCUAGAGAGCCUGGACAGCCUAUAGAGCCUAAAGAGCCUCGAGAUCUCCAACUCAUUAUGAAUUUAUACAUUUUCCAGAGUAGCACUUUUCAAUCAGCGACUUUGGGACGACUUCGGCUAUAUUUCACGUGACAUGUUUGACGGGAUUCCAAAAUUAAAUACAAAAUUUGUCACAAUUAACCCAAUGCUUUACCAACCAAUUCGUUGA